CUAGAGACUACGUCAAGAUCAGAGGUGCUUUGACCUUCUGUGGAAAACUUGACGGAAAAUUUUGCCGAUUUUUGGUGCAUCAAUCAUCGGGUCUCCUUCUCUCCCUGCAGGCAAAUAGUCGGACCUUCAUUCACUGCUGAUUAGUCCUGCAACAAUCAGCCAUGUCUCUUUGUAUGAAGGAAGGCAAAGAUAUCAUUAUCUUUGCAACGAAGGAGGAUCAUGACAUUCCCAGCAAAGUCCAGCUACCUGAACUUGAACCCCAGCCGGGUUUAAUCUUCCCGAAUGGGGACAUCAACUGGAACUGCCCCUGUUUAGGGGGCAUGGCCACAGGACCUUGUGGCGUCGAGUUCCGAGAAGCCUUCUCCUGUUUCCAUUACAGUGAGGCGGAUCCGAAGGGAAGUGACUGCAUGGAGCUAUUCAAAGAAAUGCACAGUUGUAUGCAGGAGUACCCUGCACUCUAUGACAAUAAGGAUGGAAAGGACGAUGAUGACGAAGGCAUGGGUAUGGGUAUGAAUGUGGAAGACGCCAACCAGUCUUCAACAGACCAGCAGCCUGCGAAACCUGCAAAAGAAGUAGCUGUUUCUAGUACAAAUGAAAAGAAUUGAAUGUAUCAGUAUGAUUUUUUCUUGUUCAGAUAUUAGUUGUACAGUUAUAGAAAAAGGAAAGAACUAUUAGCACACUGUGUACUAGAACUUGAUGCUCAACUUCUGUGAAAAGGAAUUUAGUAUUAUCUCCCCACUUAGAGGAAUGAAUCACGGGCUCUUGUGUUGCUCGGGUUCACUUUUUUUUUUUUUUUUUAAUGUAUGUUGGCUGCUGACAUGAUUGUUCCAAGUAGCAGUUGGCUUCAUUUGUCUGCUUUAAUUUCUGGAUGAGUGCCAAUAGUCCGAUGAGGUACAGUGCGUGUUUGGUAUGCUUUGUGAAACUGAUGUUUUUACAUGACUUUAUUUUGAAUUGUUACUGUUGUUACUGUUAGGAAAAAAGAAUAUACCACCAGUGAUUAUCAA